UCUCCCACCCCCAGGUAGUGGUGCGGGUGCUUCCCCAGGAAGGGGCUCCCUCCGAGUUGCGAAGGGGAGGUAAUUUACUCAGAACAAGGGGCCGCCUUUGCGAAGUAUAAAUAGUGAGACUUCAAGCGCAGCAUUGCUAUCAGAUCUGAACUCUCCGCAGGAAGAAUUGUCAAAGAUCUUAACAUUGAACAAGCGCGCUCCGGCAGGGAAGCAUCAGUUCCCAUUUCCCUCCGGCGGCCCCCGCCCCUUCCCUCUUCCUCCUCCUCCUCCUCCUCCUCCUCCUCCUCCUCCUCCUCCUCCUCCUCCUCCUCUUCUUACUUCUUUUUCUCCUACUUCUCCUCUUUCUUCUUUCUUCUCUUCUUUUUCUUCUUCUUCUUCUUCUUCUUCUUCUUCUUUUUCUUCCUCCUCCUCCAGCUCCUCCCCCACCCCCUGCCCCAUUGAUGUGUUAUUAUUGGGGGGGCUGGGGCAGUAAAAAAAGAAGAAGGAAAAAAAGAGCGGGGCUCGGCUGGGAGAGGUUGAGCGCGGAGCUGACCGGCAUCGGCGGCGAUGGAAGAACUUACGGCGUUCGUCUCUAAGUCUUUUGACCAGAAAGUGAAGGAGAAGAAGGAGGCGAUCACGUACCGGGAGGUGCUGGAGAGCGGGCCGCUGCGCGGGACCAAGGAGCCGACGGGCUGCACCGAUCCCGGCCGCGACGACCGCAGCAGCCCGGCAGUCCGGGCGGCCGGCGGAGGCGGCGGCGGAGGAGGAGGCGGAGGCGGAGGCGGAGGAGGCGGAGGAGGUGCAGGAGGAGGAGGAGGAGCAGGCGGAGGAGCUGGAGGAGGGCGCUCUCCCGUCCGGGAGCUGGACAUGGGCGCCGCUGAGAGAAGCAGGGAGCCGGGCAGCCCGCGGCUCACCGAGGUGUCCCCAGAGCUGAAGGACCGCAAAGAGGAUGCGAAAGGGAUGGAGGACGAAGGCCAGACCAAAAUCAAGCAGAGGCGAAGUCGGACCAAUUUUACUCUGGAACAACUCAACGAACUGGAGAGGCUUUUUGAUGAGACCCACUACCCAGACGCUUUCAUGCGCGAGGAACUGAGCCAACGGCUGGGGCUGUCCGAAGCCCGAGUGCAGGUUUGGUUUCAGAAUCGAAGAGCUAAAUGCAGAAAACAAGAAAAUCAACUCCAUAAAGGUGUUCUCAUAGGGGCUGCCAGCCAGUUUGAAGCUUGUAGAGUUGCACCUUAUGUCAACGUAGGUGCUUUAAGGAUGCCAUUUCAGCAGGAUAGUCAUUGCAACGUGACGCCCUUGUCCUUUCAGGUUCAGGCGCAGCUGCAGCUGGACAGCGCCGUGGCGCACGCGCACCACCACCUGCACCCGCACCUGGCCGCGCACGCGCCCUACAUGAUGUUCCCGGCGCCGCCCUUCGGACUGCCGCUGGCCACGCUGGCCGCUGACUCAGCCUCCGCCGCCUCCGUGGUGGCUGCCGCCGCCGCCGCCAAGACCACCAGCAAGAACUCCAGCAUCGCCGAUCUCAGACUGAAAGCCAAAAAGCAUGCUGCCGCCCUGGGUCUGUGACGCCAACGCCAGCGCCAACGUCGCGCCUUCAGCGCGGCGUGCACCCUGCACACCCUCCGCGCCUCGCUGCUUUUCCGUUUAUCCCCCACGGAUCUCCGGAACCUACCCUCUUCCCGCCCCGCGGAUCGCCCUUUGCCCCCCUCCACAACCUGGACUUGGAGGGCGAGACUCCGCGCGGGACCCUCGAUCCCACUAGGCGCAGCAGCUCCGUUGCUCCUGACCAUUCACUUACCCAAGGGCAUAGAAUUCGGCUUCGUAGGGGCAAGUUUUCGGGAAGUCUGGAGAGAGACUGAACAAGGGAACGCUAGGACAGCGGAGUGUGGCUCAAGGCAAAGCUGCAACGAUGGAUUCUUGAGUAGAAAUAAAAAUCCUGUUAAUAAAAAAUGAGCAAAAAAAAAAAAAAA